AGCGGGCUGUUUCCGGUUCCGGGUGGCGGGCGGCUGAAGGUCGGAUCACCGGCGUGGUGGAAAGUCGGCCCGGACUCCCGGAGCCGGUGGUCGGAGGGCGGGUCCGAGGGAUGGAGGCCCCGGGCGUAUCGGCAGACCCGCACCUGCAGCAGUUCAUCGAGGUGGAGAGCCAGAAGCAGAAGUUCCAGCAGCUGGUGCACGGACUGACGGAGCUGUGCUGGGACAAGUGUAUGGAUAAACCAGGCCCACGGCUCGAUAGCAGAACAGAAACCUGCUUGGUUAACUGUGUGGAACGUUUCAUUGACACCAGCCAGUUCAUCCUCAAUCGACUAGAACAGACGCAGAAAAGCAAAAUGUCUUCCGAGAGCUUGAGUGACUAAUUGGAUGGUCAAGUGGGAGAGUUGAUGAUACCACAGAUCGCCAUACUAUAUGAGACAGGCACCAGAGCUCUCCGAUGGCGGUGAGACGCACUGGAGCAACUUCACUGGGCUUGGUAACCCAGAGCUACUCUUAAAUGGAUCUUAUAUAAUGGUAAUGUGUCUCUGAGACUGAGUCCAAAUAACAUCUUGAAAUAAAGCAUGGUGGAAUUUUUUUACAAUAAAUUGUGCAUAAUCAUAGCAAUGAAAUAAUGUUUCAGGAGUUGUUUUCAAAAUUAUUCAUGUUGAGAGCAAAUAAAGAAUCAUUUUUAUCUUUGAA